AUGGUAAAAGGAUCAGGUGACAUUACAAACAACGUAUUGUCAGGUCUAUCUAUUAGUUAAUCAAUGUCUAAACCUAACCUACAAAUAGAUAUGAUAAAUAAAAAUAAAUAUUGAAAUAGAUAUAAUAAAUUGAAGUAAAUUUUUUAUAAGGAUUACUGGAAUGUAUUAGUAACUUAAUUUCUUUUUACCAAGUUACAUAUGACGAGUUUAAUAAAUUAGUUUUGUAAUAGAUUUUGGAGAACUUGUGCAAACUAGGUUACAUGAAAAAAAGGCAAAAUGCACGUAAAAAUCUAUCAAAAAAUAUUAAGUUGCUACGGAAGGCAAAUACACACCAAUGUGUCUCGAGUUUUAUUGAACCAAUAUUACGAUGCGGCUCAUAAAAGAAGAAUGCGUUCAUCGCGUUUAUAUUGGAGUGGACUUGGUAUUUUAGUCAUUGGUUGUACUUAUGCUUCAGUACCUUUAUAUAGAGUAUUUUGUCAGUCGUACAAUUAUGGUGGGACAAUAUCAGUCAAUCAUGAUAGUAGUAAAGUGCAAUCUAUGAAACCUGUUAAGAAUAAAGUGAUAAAAGUAAAGUUUAAUGCUGAUAUAGGAGCUACAAUGCGAUGGAACUUCAAACCACAACAAAAUUUUGUACGUGUUAUCCCUGGAGAAACUGCUUUAGCAUUUUAUACAGCAAAAAAUCCAUUAAAUGUGCCAGUUACUGGUAUAUCUACUUAUAAUGUAGUACCAUAUGAAGCUGCAGAAUAUUUUAAUAAAAUUCAGUGUUUUUGUUUUGAGGAACAACGACUUAAUCCUCAUGAAGAAGUUGACAUGCCAGUAUUUUUUUAUAUUGAUCCAGAGUUUAUCAAUGAUCCCAAAUUGCAAAAUGUAGAAGAAAUUGUACUUUCUUAUACAUUUUUUGAAGCCAAAGAAGGAAUAACAUUUCCUAUACCAAAUUUCAUGAAAAAACAAUAA